GAAAGGAUGCUGGAGGUCGACAGAAGAAACUCUGGAAUCUGGAAUCGACUCUCUUCCACUGGCAGUUGCGGAAUCUAAUCUUUGGAAAUAAGGUCCUCAAGGCGGUCAAGGUCCUCUCAAAAAUUGAACUUCUCGUCACUUUCAUCAUUCGCC